UUGUAGGUACAGUUAGGGUAGGCGUUGUAAGGCAUCUCAGCAGUGCGCAGAAGCCGUAUAGGAAAAGCAAAGGAAAAGCGGAGCCGCCUUCUGCGCUCCUCCCUCACCUGAAAACGGAGCUUGCCGAUGAUUCACAUAUAACAAAGAAACGAAGGCGCAAACGGCAACUGCUCUCAAAAAGGCGAGGGAAGUUGGCCAAACUGGACAGCAGAUCCAGACCCGACACCCUCCCGUCCAAUCUCCACUUCAGUACUUAAUGUCUUCUAUUCAUAACGGGGGAAGGAAAGCGAAGGUUUGGGGACCGAUGGGUCGCGUAAAAUCUGAUCCCUCAUGGCAGAUAUACUGAACUGUUUUAUGAAAACCGUUUUCAUGUCGUUGGUAAACGGCGUGAUCUUAUGCCGUCUCGUUUGAGGGAGAGAGGCUUGAAUGAAGCCCCGGAGCCAUUUCUAACUUCGGACUUGAGGUGCGGACUUCCAGAUGAGACGAAGCGACCUGCAUGUUUCCGGGCUUGGAAAGAGCCGAUGAGUAAUUUUCAGCGCAACACACAACAUGCAGCUUGAAGCUUGAAACUGCGGAUCCCCUCCUAAAUCUAACGUUUUCAAACAAAACGUUUGACACAUGGCAUUGGCAUAUUUAUUUUAGUGCUGCAACAUCUAUGCGCAUGCAUGCUAUUCUGAUUUUGACCAGACUGGAAUUCCUCGAUAGUUAAGAGGAAUCGUAGUUUUUUUUUUUAACUGGCUGCAAUAAAGCUGUACUUUAUAGUUGCAUUAUUUUGGAUAUCGAGAGAGCGCUGAAGAAGCGCUUCGCAGGGAAACGUCACGGAAGAAAAAACUGCAGCAGGUAACAGAAAAAAGUAAAUUGGGAAAAGACGGGAACAUUGAAGGAGAAUCUCUUUAACUGUUGUUGUCGUAUUAUGUCUGCACUUAGAAAGAAAUUUGGGGACGAUUAUCAGGUAGUGACCACUUCAUCCAGUGGCUCUGGAUUCAGUCAGCCGGUGCCAGAGAAGAAGAAAAAAAGACAGCGCUUCGUGGACAAGAACGGACGAUGCAAUGUCCAGCAUGGAAACCUGGGCGGUGAAACCAGCAGAUAUCUUUCAGACUUAUUCACCACUUUGGUAGAUCUGAAAUGGCGCUGGAAUUUAUUCAUUUUCAUCCUUACUUACACGGUGGCAUGGCUUUUUAUGGCCUCGAUGUGGUGGGUCAUAGCAUACAUUAGAGGAGAUUUAAAUAGGGCUCACGAUGACAAGUAUACGCCGUGCGUUGCCAAUGUGUAUAACUUUCCCUCGGCAUUUUUAUUCUUCAUCGAGACUGAAGCCACUAUAGGUUAUGGCUAUAGGUACAUUACAGACAAAUGUCCGGAGGGAAUAAUCCUGUUUCUUUUCCAGUCCAUUCUUGGAUCUAUAGUAGAUGCAUUUUUAAUAGGAUGUAUGUUCAUAAAGAUGUCUCAGCCCAAGAAGAGGGCAGAGACGCUCAUGUUCAGUGAACACGCGUCUAUUUCAAUGCGAGACGGGAAACUGACCCUCAUGUUUAGGGUCGGUAACCUGCGGAAUAGCCAUAUGGUCUCGGCACAGAUCCGCUGCAAAUUGCUCAAAUCUCGGCAGACGCCGGAGGGCGAGUUUCUGCCCCUGGAUCAGCUGGAGCUGGACGUGGGCUUCCGAACCGGGGCGGAUCAGCUCUUCCUCGUGUCUCCGCUCACUAUCUGUCACGUGAUCGACAGCCGGAGCCCCUUCUACGAGCUGUCCGCGCGAUCCAUGCAGACCGAGCAGUUUGAGAUCGUUGUCAUACUUGAGGGGAUAGUGGAGACCACUGGCAUGACUUGUCAGGCACGGACUUCUUAUACUGAGGACGAGGUCCUUUGGGGACACCGUUUCUUUCCGGUCAUAUCUCUGGAGGAAGGCUUCUUCAAGGUGGACUACUCGCAGUUCCACGGCACCUUCGAGGUGCCGACGCCGCCCCACAGCGCUAAGGAGCAGGAGGAGGCCCUGCUCAUCUCCUCCCCACUGAUGGCGCCCUCGUUGAGCAACAGUGGCGAGAAGGACAGCUCGCUGGACUGCUUGGAGAAGCUGGAGGAUGUGGAGGUGGCCGCCAAACUGCCGGCCAAGCUACAGAAGAUGACGGGCCGCGAGGGCCUGCCGCGGAAGCUGCUGAGAAUGAGCUCCACCGCCUCGGAGAUGACCUACAGCCUGGGCGAGCUGCCCAUCAAGCUGCAGCGCAUCAGCUCCGUGCCCGGCGUCUCUGAGGAGAAGGGGGGCUCCAAGGUCACCAAGGUCGGCGCCGAACCCAUCAGCAAGUCGGUCGCCGAACUGCCACCAAAACUACAGAAGUUGGCUGGAGGAGGAAGCAGUGGGCGCAUGGAUGGACACCUCCCUCCCAAACUCCGAAAAAUGAAUUCAGACAGGUUUACGUAAAAAUAUAUUUAAAAAAAAAAUCAAGCUAUGUAACAACUACUGCCCCACUCCGGUUUUAUUUCGCCCACGUCUGCUAUUCUGCACAGCUAAUAAGGACAAUAUCAUAUUAUAUUUAAGAUAUACAUCUAACCUUUUCGUAUAUAGAUUUAUGAGUGUAAAUAUACAUGCUUAGAUAUGGGAUCUUUGAUAGUCAGGAUGCUGUAUCGCUGCUAAGACCUACUGGCAUGCACAGCUAAGCAUGUAAAACAGCAUUUCCAUGCAGCAUGGCACUUACAGACAGCUGUCCGUUCACGGGAACCAUCUGGAUAAAUAAAUUUCACAAGAGAAGCUUGGGAGUCAGGCUUGGAUGUUUUCGCCCUCUUUAGGUCGUGACCACCCUUUAGCAGGAGUUUGGGACACUCAGAGAUGGCUUCUUUUAAUAAUCCGACACAGGGAAUUUCAGCCUUUUUUUAAGCCCAGAUGAAAACAGACCGAACAUAGAGACCUUCUACCACUAAUGAGUGAUCACACUAAGUAAGUAGCUAGGAACUCGUUAGCUAAGAAGAUUAAUAUUUCUCGCUCCUUCCCCCUUGAUAUGUUUUUGCACAGACCCAAGGUUGAAAACCCCUGAUCUAACAUAAAAUAGCAUUUCUAACUGUUAACUUUGAAUGCAUGUCAGUGAAGGGAAGAAGGAUAAGUCUUUCUAAUGUCACAUCAAUUUAUUUUACUCUCCAUUCAGAGGUGUAUUUUUGCUAUUUACAUGAUAAAAUGAUAUUUAUAUGUUAAACUGAAUAUUUUUAUUUUGAAUAAAGUACAUGGCCUUUGUAAUGGUUUAGGCAAAAGGAAUGAAUGGCCGAAUGAUAACUGAAUGUCACUGAUGUGUGGUUUACAUGAAAUGCAAGCUUUAUUUUGGGAAAAAAACAGGCAGAGAGUAUUUGCCAUUUGCGUAAACAUAAAUAAGCUCAUUCGAUUGGGGGGUCUAAAUAUACAAGUAUGUGUGUGUGUGUGUGUGUGUGUGUAUAUAUAUAUAUAUAUAUAUAUAUAUAUAUACAUGCACACACACCGAGGACAUAAUGGCAUAAGUUAACGGCACAUUCAUAAUGUAAGGAGCAUGGGUAACACUUUAGUUGAAGCAGUCAGCAGCCAUCAUGAUGCAUUAUAGACACUUUCAUAAUGCCUUAUACUGCAUUCAUAAAGUUUUAUAAACAUGUUGUAACUAUUUAUAAAAAGGCAUAACACAUUAUAGCCAUGUUUACUAUGUAUUAUGGAUCUGUCAUCUAUAAUGCACUAAGAAUACCUUCAUGAUGCAUUAUAAUGGUCAUCACAAGCCAUUUUUUUACAUUAUGAAGGUAAAUAUAGUGCAUUAUAGGUAUAUGUAUAUGUAUAACAUAUAAGAUGCUCUUUACAUGGUCCUUAUGAAUGUUCUAUGAAUGCAUUAUAAAUGCAUUAUGGAGGUGCGCUGAAUGUUUUAUGAAUGCAUUAUGAGGCUGUUAAUGUAAAGCGUUGCCCAGUUAUCUUCUUCAAAUUAUACGGGAUAACUGUAUAUUCAUAAACGUAGAGUUCAUAAUGAUUUCUAAUUUAACCUCUUGCUAAUUUUUUUAUAUUCUCAGAAAUCUACUUGGUUUGAGAUAGGAAGAUACUUGGUUUUAUAUGCUUAUUGAUCAUUUAAAAUAACAUUCAAUAUUGAUUUAUUACAUCAAUUAAAUAUCUUUUCUAGUGUGGUCUAUGGUCAUUUAAAAACAUUUUUAUAAUGGACCUACAAACACUGUAGCUAUAAUACAUAAAUGUAUAAAUAUAUAAUUAUAACUUUUAUUAGGCUCUGUCCAGUUGACAUUGACCUCUGACGACCAUAUAGGUGGCAUCUCACAAAAACAUUCUGUCUUCUCUCUGGUUCUUCAGACUUCCCUGUGGCAUGUUCUUAUAUAUUGUUAGAGAGAAGUUAAUUAAAAAGUAAGAGAGCUAUGUACCCAGAGAGUUGUUUUUUGAUGGAGCUGAAAGUUAGUUGCUGAAGAAUUUUAGACACUAGUAGCUUGGAGACAGGCCUGAUUCAAAAUGCAUCAAUAGUUACUGUGCAGUAGGCUGCUGUCUUGUACUGUUCCACCUAUAAAAAUGCCCAAACCCCCAAAAGAAGAUGGUGAGAUUGAGCCUUCGGAUCCCUCCAUCUUCUGCUGUUGUGAAGAACAGUAAAUCCAGAUAAAGACGCUGGGUUCCCCUGAGACGCUGCCGCUUUCUCUUCAUCAUUACGGUGAUGAAUCUGUGUAAUACCGUCUGUGAAUGUCCCCUGUCCCUGGAGGAGGGCAAGCAGAGCCCAUGAGGCGUCCUGGGGUCCCUACAGACCAACGCUUUCUGCUCUAAAGCUUUUCAGAUGACUGUGGUUGAAUGCGAGCUUAGAUGACGCACAAUCUCUCAUUUCCUGUAAACAUAAACUAUGGGAUGCAUUAUUUUAAUAUAAAAACCUUUUUUAUGUAUUCCAAUUACCAGCUUUGGUUUCCUCGGCCUUCCCUUCAUAGGGCAAAAUACAUUUGUUGUUCGAUUUUAAUUUCUAUGCUUGUUUUCUCAAAUUUAUAGACACAGCAGGCCUGUGUUUUAUAGAACUCAAGACUGGGUAAUUCUUUCCCAGAAAUGGAAAUGUCUGCCAAUCUUAAACAGUUAUUCGGGCAUGAGAAAUGUAACAAUAUAUUUAUUGUACAAUCCACACAGGUAGGAAGUGGACUUGUAUGUAUUAGUACUGUUUAACCUGUAUUAAACUUUGACAAUUUGA